GAGUGGCUCCUCCCACCGGCCUGCAGUCAUCGCAAGCGUCGGGAAACUCCCUGACCUUGCAGUGGGAACCACCUACCUCUCGCCCUGAUGGCUACAUCCUGAGCUAUGUCCCUCUGGUUCCCACUCGACCCGCUCCAGCCAUGAAACGAAUAGAGUUGCCUGCAGCCCCUGAGCGUGUCACGCUGGAAGACCUGCAGAGCAAAACGCGAUACCGCAUCACCUUGGUUGCCCGUCAGAGUGGCGAGAACAGCCGAGCCACCAGCAUUGUGGUCAGCACCACAGCGCCAGCUCCAAUUCAACCAAGUCGCCAUUACUUCACACCUCCGCCCACUUCCCAUAAAAAGCCAGACACUUCCUCUUCUCAGCCUGAAGAGAAGAAACCAGGCACUAAACCACAUCCGGGUCGCCGCCCCACCAACACCACCUUACUGACCAAGGAGCACUUCCUGAGGAGAAUGACCCAGAAUAUCUCAUCCAAACUGUCCCUGUACAACGGGACCCUCCUUGAGCGGCUCGAGAGCUACCUCCGGGCCACCAAUUUCCCUCUCCGAGGCAACCAGACAAUCCAGAGCGUGGCCAGGGACAUCUACCUCUACCUCAAACGGAUGAAGCCCAUUGAAUUUCAAGAGAGGGUGGAAGAACGUCUUGUCCAAGAAACCAGCAACUUAACUCUGAAAAAGGAAUUCCCAAUAACCGAAGCAGAGAGUGUCUACUCAGAUGGAUACCUUCGUCCAGACCAUGCCAAGCCAAAGGUGGUGACCAGCUCCCCAGACCACAUUGAGGUGUCUUUGGACAGCGUGAGGGGCAUCUCUGACCAUGUGGUCAUCCGCUACCGAAACACGGUGACUGGAGAAAGAAAGGAGUUAGUGGUCCCUGGGGAUGCUUCCACAGCGACCAUCACCGGAUUGUCACCUGGAACAACCUACUUGAUGGAAAUUCAUGGCGUCAUGAAAGGACAUUCCUCUAAGUCAUACUCCUUUAUAACUGCCACAG